AUUUAAGACCAUUGGGCCUAAAACACAAAAAAACCACAUGAUAUGAGUGAGUCUAGUUGCAUUGCAGCAGCUGAGAGAGAAGAACAGCAGAGACCGGCGAGCGAGGAAGCAGAGCCGAAACUCCUUAAUCCUUAUUAACUCAUCAGAUGGCAUUGAGAGGUGUUUGGCAACUUCAGAAGCUAAUUGUGAGCUAUUGUGAUUGGGGAGGAAGUAGCAGGGGUAUCAGGGCAUUUAUGGAAUCGAACCUGCCAGCAUUUAAAGAGAACAAUCCUCAGCUAGAAGUCGUCACUGAGCUCAUCCGUGGUCAACAUCCACAUUUGAAGGGCUUUUACAAAAACAAGAAUCAGCGGGUGGUAUGUGUGAAGAAUCUGUCACCAGAAGAUAUACUUCUACAGGCAACGAGACUAAGGAAUGCAUUGGGAAGAAAAGUGGUGAAGCUGAGGACGAGACAUGUCACCAAGCACCCUAGCGUGCAAGGCACCUGGACAACCGAAGUGAAAUUUUGAGGCAUAGAAAAUCUUCACUAGGAGCUUUGUAUGGUUGUGUUUCUAAAGAAUCAGAUUUGCAUGCUUCUUUUGGUGAUUCCUGUUAGUCAUCAAUAAAAUCAUGGUUCUGUGAGGACUUUUAGGUACUGCUGAAAAAAGGGGAAAAACUCAAACUGUUAUUAAAGAGGUUAUAUUUUUGGUUCUUUCUUUGGUGAUUCAGGUUCUUUUAGUGUACUUUUUUGUAUUUGAAGUUUCAGAUCACCGGUCCCUUUCUGCCAUCUUGGGUGGAAGUUUGAUUUUGCAUUGUUUACUUUGUCCACAUUUUGGAGUUCAAAUACAUGUUGGAAAUCUAAAUGCUGGCAAAAAAGGAGCACUUGUGGUUUGGGGACACCAUAAA